AUGGAGCGCUCUGUAGCAUUGGGACAUGCACUGGAUCGUAUUAAGUUGCUUGAGGAGGAAAAGGAGAAGCUGAUACGAAUGGUCAAGGCAUUGACCACUCCCUCAAAGUCAUCAUGGCAAACUUACGAACUCGCUGUGGGUAUGCUUGAACAGCACGCACCGGCAGUCAAGGGAACCGAUACUCAGAAGUACUUAAAAACGGACAAAUCCAAGCAUUCCGCUUCAGACGCUGAACUCGACUUGAGAACUGAAUACCGUCUUCAUUUCUCAAAUGCCAUCUAUUCUUCCAUCAUGUCUGUGACUUCUCCGGCGACUCCUUUGUCCCUGUCCGAUGCCAUACCAUGUGCAGGCUACCCUCCACACAUACAAGCUCAACAAAUGCGGACGUUUCGGUGUCCUGAAUACGAAGUGCGACCGUUGCUUUUGGAAGCAGAAGCAUCCCCUAUGGCGACAGCGUAUACCAGCUUCAGAGACUGGGCCUGUCGCCAAAUAGAGUCUGGAGAACCGAAGGAAAACAUACUUGGCCCAGAGAGGAUCGAAAUCGACCUCUUAUUUCGUGCAAGAGAACCGAGCGAUCCGCAUACCGUCUCGACUUGGGCCUGCGAGUAUUUCCGCGCCUUGCAGGGCAUUGACGUUUUUGUCUGUCUGGCUGGCAUAUUCAACUUUGAUCGUUUUAUGCGGUGGAUCAUUGCACCCUCUGCGGAAACAUAUGCAAAUAUUCCUCCAGGCCAGCGUCCAACACCUUGUCAGAGACUUGUACCGCAUCAUCCUGCGUCAGACCUGCCAGUUCUUCCUGAAUUACGAGACGGCUUGAUAUAUGACUUGCGGGACUUCAUUCUUGCAAGCCAAUCCUACGGCACGACAGUCAAUUGGCAUAAGGGCUUGGAUGCGGCUGUUGAUGUUGAUCCUGACACAGCCAAGAUGACCAUCUCGGAUCUUUUCGCCCAUCAUAUAUGGAAUCUCGACAACUGGAGUUUCAGCCGAGGCUUUGCGGCAGUCUUUCCGGAGUUGCGACGUCGCUAUCGUGUUUUACCGGACGUUGUGAUACCCCCGACUCCUAGCAGGGUCGAGGAGCUGCUGGAGAAACGAGAUAGCAUCCUCAAGGGCAUAAAACACGAAGGGAUUUGA